UCAUGUGCUGACCCCGGAAAAUCUCUUGACCUCAGAUGGGCUAUAUAAACAGCUCCCUUUCCCCUGCUUUUAUUCGGCCCGAGAUUCUCUUAAAGUCGACAAUAACGCCGAGUGCUGAGAGGUGCAGAGCUGAGCUUCUUAUCCCCAUCGAGAAAUAUGAAGUCUGCAGCCGUCUUUUUGCUGGGUCUUCUUGUUUGCCAUUGUUCUGCGUUAGGCCUAUUUGAGUCGCAGCUGGAGCAUUUGUUGAGUGAAGAUUCCAACUUUUGCACUGAGAGGCAAGAUGGCAACUAUGCAGACUCAAGCAACUGCAAUCUGUAUAUCACAUGUUCUAAUGGCUUUACCAUAGCCAACCGCCACUGCCCAACAGGUCUAGCUUUCAACGAGGCAAUCGGCAUGUGUGACUACCCAAGCAAUGUUCCCGGAUGCAGCGGCUCAUCGGGCAGCGGCUUCUGUCAUGAAAAAUCGGACGGCAACUAUAAAGAUUCUGGCAAUUGCCACGGAUUUAUUAUGUGCUCAAACGGCCACACGUAUCACAUGACCUGCCCUGGGCAGACGAACUUUGACCCCGCGAAAAAGCGCUGUGAAGAUUACGAUUGUUCAGUUCCAGGUCGAGAUGUGGCGUACCUUACUGACCAGAAUGAUGGAGGUUUUUGCGCUGAGAGAAGUGACGGCGACUAUCAGGACCCCGACGCAUGUGAAGGAUUCAUUUCCUGCUCUAACCACAUCACCUACCACAUGCCCUGCCCAGAAAACCUGCGCUUUAAUCCGACAACAAAACACUGCGAUAAUCCCGAGAAUGUACAAUGCGGCCCGACCCGUCCGCCUACCCCCAAGGUCCCACCCACUACAAAAGCCCCUUUCACUAAGAGUCCGUUCUGUGUGGGCAAACAAAAUGGAAAAUACGCUGAUGCCAACAAUUGCAAUGGCUUCGUCAUGUGCUCAAACGGCUAUAUCUACUACAUGGACUGUCCGUCAAAUUUGCGCUACGACCCCGCAAAGGGUCGCUGUGAGUGGGCCGAUACUGUGGACUGUGGCCAACGCCCCACGAUCUCACCCCACCCACCAAAGCCAACAACUAUGCCACCACAGCCCACACCGCCAAAAAGUCCCUUCUGCGAGGAAAAGAAGAACGGAGACUACGCCGACCCUAGUAACUGCAAUGGCUUUAUCACGUGCUCAAACGGUUACGCAUACAAGCGGGACUGUCCUUUUAACCUGAAGUUUGAUACAAAGAAAUUGGAAUGCGAGUGGCCUAACAAGGUAAACUGCAAAUCGCGACCGACUACUGUACCAUACGUGACGAAGCCGACCCCGCCCUCUGGCAACAGCGAGUUCUGCAAGAAGAACGGCAACGGGCGAUACCGCGACCCGCACAACUGUCUUGGCUAUAUAGUCUGCCGCGGGGGCAAUAUCUACUUCAGGAAUUGCAGACGAGGACUCAGGUUUAAUGGCGUGACUAAGAGGUGCGACCUGCCGAGAAAUGUGAAGUGCGCCGGGGCCGGGGGAGGGACCUUCUGCGAGGGAAGGAAAGACGGUGACUACGUGGACGCCGUCAAUUGCAAUGGAUUCAUCAAGUGCUCGAACCAGCUGACCUAUUACUUCGACUGCCCCUCUAACCUGAGGUUCAAUAUCAAGAAGGACUGGUGCGACUGGCCAGAGAAUGUAUGGUGUCCAUAUCUCUAGAUACAGACUGAAGCAAGGAAAACGGUGCGCUCCGCAAGAACAACUUCUCUCCGUUCGUCCGUUCUCCAUUUUGUUUUUAAACGGCCCCACGGCUUUCUGGGAUAGACACAGGGGAACCAUAAAGCCUUUCUGAAAUACAUUUUUUUUUUUAAUUUGCGCAUAUAAUGUUUUCCAACCUCAGCAAGACUGCCGCACUUCCAUUAUCAUUGGACGUUUCAAAUCAGAGAUGCCCCUUGCACGUUUAAAUACCGCUAAUACUACUUUUAUUUGGAAUUUAAGUCAACCAAAGGAAAGCCCUGUGCUGGCCGGAAUCUCGUUUUUAUUUGUGAUACCGCUGUUAUUCCUCGCGGGCCUAGCAAAAUGUGAGCCCAGAGAAACCGCUGGCUCAUGUCCCUUAUUUCUGGGAAUGUGGUGGCCUAAUGUCUCUUGCACAUAAGCUACAUUGCUUGCUUUUGUCCUCUAUUAGCUGCCCACUAAAUUGUUCGCCUUGUCGGAGCACCCUCGCUCCCUCCCUGGCUCUACCGUGUGUCGCCCCCCCUCCUUCCGUCCCUCCCUGGCUCUACCUUGCGUCGCCCCCCUCCCUCCCUCCCUGGCUCUACCGUGCGUCGCCACCCCUCCCCCCUCCUUCCCUCCCUGGCUCUACCUUGCGUCGCCCCCCUCCCUCCCUCCCUGGCUCUACCUUGCGUCGCCCCCUCCCUUCAUCCCUGGCUCUACCGUGCGUCGGAGAGAAAGAGGUGAUAGGGAGAGCCGCUGACCCAUGGCGUCUGAUAGAUGGAAAGUGAUGCAUCCUCCGUUAUCAUUUUAAACACCCACUACCAUCAUAAUGUUAAUUUUGAGAUUAGAGUAUAAAGUAU